UCAGAGGAUCAGGUGUAAAAGUUCUCCGGUGCGUGGUUUUGAGUUUAAGGACCGGGGUUGUCAUUCAGGACAAGAUAAUCGGUACCGAAACAUGAAGCUCUCUAGAAUUUCUCAGUUUGCGAUCGGUGCAUUGGUGUUGGCUUUUAUUAUUCAUGAAAUCGAUGGUAAUGUGCACGAUUUCGACGGGAACGAUUUGAAUCCGGGCUUCAACGGAUAUGCGAGUCAACGUCAACAGCAACAGCAGCAUCAGCAGCAGCAAUCACAAUCACAACCGUCACAAGGAUCGACCACCGGAGGUCGAGGCUUUGUCGACACGGCCAAAGAUCUGAUCGGAAGUCCGGCUGGUCAGUUGGCAAUGUCGUUCGCCAAGGAAAUGAUCAGUCGAUCUGCCGGAAACAGUCAGGUCCUCAGUUUGAACCUCACAAACUUGCUGAUCCUGUUCCUGCUGAAGGCUCUAAUUUUUGCUGCUGGCCUCAUCGGUGCCGGUAGCUGGGGUGGAUAUGCACGAGGCAGAUCCAUCGAUGAUGGUUCACUAUUCUAUCCGGGUGAAACGUCGCUGAUGGUGGGCUAUCUGGCCGCGGAAGGUUCCGGCCAAGAAGGUUGCCUGCUGCAGUCGGCCUGCCGAUCACCGCACACGGCCAACGAGUACUCGCGGGCUGCCCAGGCUCUCGUCAAAGGGGCUGAAAUUUUUGAUCCGGAAAUACCGAAGAAUGUCAAGUACAACCGCAUGCUGGCCCAGCUGGAACGAUCGAUCUCAGAGGGUCUACAGGGAGCGCCCUGCGAAAUGAUAUAUCCGUGUCAUCUUUAGAGAAAGAACUGUAUCGAAUUUGUACAGACUUUGUGAGAAUGAGAAUACACUUUGACAUAAAUAUGAAGCAG